AUGAAUGCGUCGGACUUAUCGAUUAUAGGAUGUCGCGUCAUUAUAAUAUCUAAGGCUAAGAUAAGAUAUGAGGGGAACCUUCACUCCAUAGAUUUUGACACGCCCAAUGAACCUGUUAUUACUCUUUCAAAGGUUUGGUCUUUUGGCACUGAGGACCGCCCUUGUGAGCGACCAGUUGCUCCUCGGAAUGAAGAGUAUAAUCAGGUGGUGUUUCGUGGCCGGGAUCUAGACGAUGUACGUGUCGUUCAAUCUUCUGUAUUUUUAAAUGAAGACUCAGCAAUCGUUAGUGCAGCACCUGGGUCUGCUUCGUCCCACCCUCCUGGACUCCCAGUAAAUGAAAUUAGAGGUCGCUUGGAUCUUAAUCCUAGUCGUGUUUCUACUGGAUGCUCAGAAUUGUCUCCCAUACCAGCAUCUCAAUCUGUCUCACUUGAUAGCCUAAAUCAGAAUACCUACCCGAACAGUUCUUCGUACCAGAUGCCUGCAGUUGGUUGUCGGCCGGCUCCUAUAGGGACCGUUCAUGCUGAUAGCCCCCAGGUUUCUGAUACACGUGGCCAAAGACCAUUUGGGGAUAUGCGUAGCGACAUAGACCCAGGGAUUUUCAGCACAUCUGGAAGAGGAGGUACAAGUUCUAGGGAUAUUCAAGAGUCUGGAAUAGGUACUUCUAGACAUCGUGCUGUCUUAGGAUCUGGUGUGCAUAACGACUAUCCACAGCCAUGGGCUAAUCGAGAACAAGGGGUUAGAAAGGGUGACACUCACAAAAAUACACCUAAUUAUUAUCAGGGGAAUGAUUACUCAAGAGAUAGACGCGGAGGAUAUAGUCAACAAUGGUCAGCAAACCAUCGUGGCUCCAGGGGUUCUGGGCAUACUUAUGGUGGUUGGGGUGGUCGGUCAGCGGGUGGUCAUGAUUGGCCUAAAUUCAGGUCAAAUGCAUCUACAGUAAAUGAGCACACCAACUUUUCGGUAGAAUAUGACUAUGAAAGAGCUAACGCAGAACUUGCAGCUGAGUUGGAAAAAAUAACGAUCAGCACUAAAACAGGUUCGUCAGGUACUUCCGUCGACAACGCGGAAAAUGAUGGUAGCAGCACAACUGAGGAUGAAAACACGUGCUAUGAUAAAUCCAAGUCGUUUUUCGAUACUAUUAGUUCCGAAAUGAUGGACCGCGCAAAUGGCCUAAAUCCCCAAGGAAUGAACAGACGGUACGAGAGACUCCUCAAUUCAGCAACUUUUGGUACUGUUCCACAGCAGUAUCUCAGAAGGACAGGAUAUCACAAUCAACGUUCUUUUGGAUAUGGCCAAAAAAGAGGGGGUAAUUCAUCUAGUGGUAACUUCUGGCGAUCUAGUGGUACUGGAACCAAUAAGUCCCUAUUCUCCAAUUUAUCAGACGCACCUCUUCCAACAUCUGGACGAGCUGGUUGA